UUGCCCUAGCCAGAGGCUACGCUUCCCAGCGGCUGUUCAGCGCGAUGUCCCACCAGACCGGCAUCCAAGCUAGCGAAGAUGUCAAAGAGACUUUUGCAGGAGCCCGGAAUGGACAAUACAGAUUGUUAAAAAUAGUUAUUGAAAAUGAACAGCUUAUUGUGGGAUCUGUUAAACUGCCUGGUGAAUCCUGGGAAAAGGACUAUGAUUACUUUGUUCUCCCACUCCUUGAAGACAAGCAGCCGUGUUACAUAUUGUAUAGAUUAGAUUCUCAAAAUGCUCAAGGCUAUGAAUGGAUCUUUAUUGCCUGGUCCCCAGAUCAUUCUCCAGUUCGUCAAAAAAUGUUGUAUGCAGCUACUCGAGCUACUUUGAAGAAAGAAUUUGGAGGCGGACAUAUUAAAGAUGAAGUGUUUGGAACAAACAAGGAUGAUGUUUCGUUGAAUGGAUACCAAAAGUACUUGAUAACUCAGUCUACCCCGGCCCCUCUAACUGCAGCAGAAGAAGAACUUCGGCAAAUCAAAAUUAAUGAGGUACAAACUGAAGUCAGUGUUGACACAAAGCAUCAGACUCUACAAGGGGUAGCGUUUCCGAUAGCAAAAGAAGCCCUCCAGGCGCUGGAAGAAUUGAAAAAUAAACAACUGAACUAUGUACAAUUACAAAUUGAUAUGAAAAACGAAAUGAUUGUCCUGGCUAGCACGCUCUCAACUGAACUGAAAGACUUACCGAAAAGGAUUCCAAAGGAUUCUGCACGGUACCACUUUUUCCUCUACAAACAUUCCCAUGAAGGAGACUACUUAGAAUCAAUAGUUUUUAUCUACUCUAUGCCUGGCUAUAUGUGUAGUAUACGAGAGCGGAUGCUAUAUUCUAGCUGCAAGAGCCCUCUCCUAGAUAUUGCAGAAAGACAACUGUGGAUGCAGAUCAUCCGAAAGAUUGAAAUAGAUGAUGGAGAUGCGUUAACUGCUGACUUCCUUUAUGAAGAAGUCCAUCCUAAACAACAUGCGCACAAGCAGAGUUUUGCUAAGCCCAAAGGACCUGCAGGAAAAAGAGGAAUCCGGAGGUUGAUUAGGGGCCCAGCUGAAAAUGAAACACCUACCGACUAAAUUUGGCAAGUGCACCAAGAAUAAAAACAUUCGGAUAGGAGGUGGGGAAAACAGUCCUCACUAAUGAACUGAAAACAUUCCGCAAUUAUCUUUUCCAGGAGGGGGGGAAAUAUACCUUGUGACGUUUCCACUGCACUUAUCUAGCUAUAUUACUUUAUAUUAUUAUGUAUUAUGUUUUUCAUCUGAACGUAUUUCAUAGCUACAGAAUGUAUCCAUAAUUUCUGUAAAAAUACGGUUACAUAGCCUGCAGUCAGUUUUGAUUACUGUUUCUCACAUGGAGCUUUCAAUUAGUUUUUGACAUUAGAUCUGACUAGUUUUUGACAACAGUCUGUAAGACAGAUAGACAGCGAAUUAACUAUUUUAGUUGGUUUAUUGCCUACCUGUCUUCAGACUAAUCUAGAGAUCUGCUCAUUUCCAUGUGGUAAGGAUGUUUGUAUAAAUGUCUUCCCACAUGUGAUUUGUUUUUUUAAGCUGUGGCUUGAAAUAGCCACAAAAUUUUGCUUAUCUCUCAGGGUACCAACUCUAGGACAGGAUAUGUGGGAUGGAUUGGACCUGUUCUUUUACUUGUUAUGUUCGUUACCUAGUGGGGUUUCUGAUGAAGCACGGGUGACUUCUGCCCUCUCUCUCUGUUUAAGAAUGUGCAGACCACCAAAAAUCAGAGACGGAAGGGGAAAAUGAAAUUAUCUGAGUUUGGAAUGGAUUAAAAAUUAGAGAACUUCUGAAAGAAAAAGUGGGAACAGACCAUGAUUGGUAGCAGAGAAGGGAAGAGAACAACAGAAUUUAUGGACAAAAGAUGAGCGAGCAAAAACCAGAGUCUACAGAAACCUGCAGGGGACACCAACCCUGCUCAAGGCACAGGUGUGAAGAGAAGGAUGUGGCUUCAUAACCUAGAGGCUUCCAUAUUUCUCCAUCUUUGCCAGCUAUCCUACAGUCUUCACAUUAAGAAAUACCUUACUUUUUAUGUACUAGUUCACCCAGUGCUCUGAAACAUUUUAUCAUGUAAAUGUCCAGAUUAGGCUGUGCAAGAUAGAAGGUGUGAAACUGGGAGGUCCGUGAACUAGCUGCCAGUUUAUUUCCUUAAAAAUUAUCCGGUUGGGACUGUAAUUUAGAUCUGGACUCCCAAGGGAUGGGGUGGGGGGUUGCUUAACAAACUCUGAAUCAGGGUUCUGUGCACCUGCUUUUUAGAGGAUGAAAUGCUUGGAAGUUUGUUCAUUUAGCUCUCAACAUAUCAUCAGAUUUGGCUCCGAAUCCAGGUAAUCUUAUUUCUUGUUCUCAAAAAAGUUUCUCAUAAAUUAAGUUAUACAGAAAGGCUAAGUUUUGCAAAUCAAGGAAGCACUGUCCAUUAGCACGAUACUGGAAAUGAAACAAUGUCUAUGAAAUCACAGUACUUUCCCCCCCCAUGAAUCACACUUACUUUAUAAACACUACAGAAGCUGCGGCAAUGAAAUUGGAUCCCAGUUCUGACACUGUUCAAGAGCAAGCAGUUGAUGUGUGUCCUAAUGCAUUUCUAGUACCUAUUAAAAUAAAGAUGCUCU